UAUCACACUCGACUUUAAAAAUAAGCAUGCUCAAUUUUUAGUGUCAAAUCAUGUUGAUCUUUGCGGUGAUUUGCACUUUGCGAACAUAUUAAAUUUAAAUUUAAUUCGGACUCGGUUAGUUUCGUUUUAUGCUGGAUCGAGUGCAGUUGUCAAAAUCAAAAUGAAUCGAAUUAUAAAAUAUAUAUUUUUGAUACUCUUAGUACAACAAUUUUCUAGUGUUUCAGCUGUCAUAGAGGAGACUUGUGAGCUGAACCGAGAAAUGGGAAAACAAUGCGGCUCAAUGUUAGACUACUUUCGUCAAAUGAAAGAAGAGUUUCAAGAAAGCGUAGCAAAAGAUAGAAUUAUAAAGGAUUUAAGAGAAAAGUUGGUUCAACAGGAAGUGAAUGAGGCAUUAAUAAAGCAAUUACGAUCUCAAAUCGAUUAUCAAAAGAGAAUAGAUAGUCUAACUGAGAGCAAUAAGAAAUGCAAGGCCGAAUUAGAGAGUAAAACCAUGAAGUUAGAUAGUUUAGAAGUUGAACUGAAAGAGCUAAAUUCUAUUCUUACCACAAAGAAUAAAAAAAUUGCUAGAAUGAAUAUCAGCAAAAAAAAUUCAGAAUUGCAGUUAACAGAUCAGAAAAACAAAAUACAAGAAACAGAGAACAAUCUUAAAUUGUGUGAAACUGAAGUCGAGAAAUUAAGUAAACUGGAAUCUCAAGUUGAUUUAAAGAAACAAACUAUUGAUAGACUAACAACAGAAUCAAAUUUUUCUGAAGAAUGUAAAGACGAUUUAGUAGAUAAAUCCAACAAAUUAGAAGCUUGUGAGGUUCAAUUGAGCAAACUAAAUUCCAGUCUUAUUGAAAAGGAUGAAACUAUUUCAAGAAAUAACGAAAAGAUCGGUAGUUUGAUGGAUAGUCGGAAAACAGUUGAGUGGCAGUUAGAGGGAAAGCAAAAAGAGUUACUAAUUAAAAAAAAUGAUAACCGGUUAUGUCAAGAAGAAAAUGAUAUAUUAAAUAGAACAUUACGCAAUAAUAUUCCAUCAAAUUGCACUUCCUUUGGAGGCAAUUAUGGAAUUCAUAAGAUCAACGUUCCUGGUCUUGGUUUCUUCGAUGUUCUUUGUGAUAGUUGGUUAGUCAUACAACAGCGAAUUUUUAGUGGAGAGGAGAAUUUCAAUAGGGAUUGGGCCACCUAUCGCGAAGGAUUCGGCUCCUUGCAUAGCGAAUUUUUCCUUGGGUUGGAGAAAAUCCAUCGUAUGACGAGUUCUCGACGCCACGAGCUUUAUGUGCACUUGGUUGCCAAAGAUGGCAGCAUUUACACCGCUCGUUAUGACGAUUUCAAAAUAUCUGAUGAAGACAGUGGAUACGUGCUGAAUUUGGGUAAAUGGAAUUCCCAUGAUCCCAUCACACUCAGCUACCAUGAAGGCAUGAAAUUCACAACAUUCGAUCGAGACAAUGACAUGCGAGAUUUUAAUUGUGCCUCGUUAACCAAAUACGGCUGGUGGCACAAAGCUUGCUCGUUUUGUAAUCACAAUGGAAUGGAGUCCAAUUUAAUAUGUGGCGUCCAUAUUAAAGAAUUUAAGAUGCUGAUACGCCCCAUAUAAUAGCAUAAUUAUUAAUCAUUACAAAAUGGGAAUUAACAAACUCUGUUUAAUGAAUAUUUUUCUAAAUAAAAUGCUAUCCAUCGAAGA